UGGCAGGCGGGAAGCGGAAGUGGAGGCGCUGCUACUGGUGGUGCUGGGGCCGGAGGAGGGACGCGCCUGAGCGGGGCCGACGGGACCGAGCGAGAAACAGACGCGCCCACCCGCCGCCGCCGCCUGGGGCCCUUUCGGACCCUCCGCCUGAGUGAGUGCAGCUGGGGUUGUGGAGUCCGGCCGGCCAGCCGGCCUGGAGGAUUGGGCGGGGGCGGCGCCUUGUUAUUGUGUAGAAUGAGCCAGGGGGACUCAAACCCAGCAGCUAUUCCACAUGCAGCCGAAGAUAUUCAAGGAGAUGAUCGAUGGAUGUCUCAGCACAACAGAUUUGUCCUGGACUGCAAAGACAAAGAGCCUGAUGUCCUGUUUGUGGGAGACUCCAUGGUGCAAUUGCUACAGCAGUAUGAGAUAUGGCGAGAGCUUUUUUCCCCUCUUCAUGCAUUGAAUUUUGGGAUUGGUGGUGACACAACAAGACAUGUCUUAUGGAGACUGAAGAAUGGAGAACUGGAGAAUAUUAAACCUAAGGUUAUCGUUGUUUGGGUAGGAACAAACAACCAUGAAAAUACAGCAGAGGAGGUAGCAGGUGGUAUUGAGGCCAUUGUACAGUUGAUUAACACGAGGCAGCCACAGGCCAAAGUCAUUGUACUGGUAUGCAGCCCUUUGGGUCUUCUCCCUCGAGGUGAAAAGCCCAACCCCUUGAGGCAAAAGAAUGCCAAGGUAAAUCAGCUCCUCAAAGUCUCUCUGCCCAAGCUUGCCAACGUUCAGCUAUUGGAUACAGAUGGGGGCUUUGUGCACUCAGAUGGUGCCAUCUCCUGCCACGACAUGUUUGAUUUCCUACAUCUCACAGGAGGGGGCUAUGCAAAGAUCUGCAAACCUCUCCAUGAACUGAUCAUGCAGCUGUUGGAGGAAACGCCUGAGGAGAAGCAAACCACACUUGCCUGACUGGCUCCCAUCAGUGUUAACAGCAUCAUAGCCUCAUCUGAUCAGUUAUAUCACUGGCACUACAGAAUCCUUCUCUUUCUUAAAGCACUUUCCAUUUUAGAAUGUUCCUGGAUGUCCAUAUCUAGUGUUUGAAGGGGAGAGGGGGUGGGGUUUAAACUGGUCUUGUACAUAAAAAGGUUUGGUUUAACUACAAAAAAAAUAGCAAAGGAAGGUUAUUGUUUUUAAAAUAUUCUUCAGUUGAAACCAGAACAGGACUUUUUUAGUUGUUUGUGUGAUGCUCAACAUUAUUACUGUUUGUUCUUCCCUAGGACCAUAUCAGCCUAAGUAAUGAACAAUACCCAAAUCCCUUCUUAUUCUUCGUUUUCUAUGGAUUAUGUAAUAUGUAAUAAUUUAGCUUGUUAACAGAAUCACAUUCCACUUUACUUAAAAACAGAUGUUUUUUUCCCAGUUUUAAAGGUUUGUAUUUUAGUUUUUUUUAUGUGACUCAUGUUCUGGAUUUUUUUUUUAACCUGUAGUGCCAUAUUGAACAUAAUUGGCAUUCAGAAAUAGGAGAUGCUACAGGUAGUAGGGAAUGUGUUCUGCUCUUUUAAUCUCCCUCUUGUGCUUCUUUUAUAAGAUCCUAGUUGUAACUGUCAGAUUUUUGCCCUAGUCUUUGGGAAACUUUGGAAGAUUUUAUUUUUUAUGCUGCUGAAUAUCAUGUCUCUUAAUGGACCCACUCUUGCAUUUUCUCUCUCCCCUCCCCAUUUUUUGGUCCAUGUUGACAUAUGUCAUUACAAUAUUUUAACAGUUCUUUUCGUCUAAGAGCUCUCUUUGCUCACAAGUGUGAAUCUCCAGACAGCUGUUCCCAUGAUAACAUUACUGGCAUCUCAUUCUUGUGUAGUGUUCUGUGCCGUUGAGAUUCUGUGCAGUGCUAUCCAUGUUCCAAGUUCUGAUUUUUAAACAUUUUUUUUAGAAGGAUCUGUCAUUCCCUUAAAAAUCUGUUAUUUUUUCCCCUUGGGGGAAAAAUGAGUAGUUUCCCUUUCUACAAAACCUAAAAAUAUUUAAAGCCUUAUCAGGUCUUAAGUUGUAUAUUUUUGUUUAUUGGUAUUAUUUUUACAGAUGACUUAUUCCAACAGAAAUUGACCUUUACAAAACAAGAAGCAAGUAUAGUUUGCUUUGUAGAGAAUCUUUCCUUCCUUGCUUCAUAUUCUAAAAAGAGAAUUAGGUUGGUGUAAAUCGUAGGGUUCCUUAUGAAUGUAUUAACACAUUAUCCCCUCCUCCCAAGAUCUUUUCGUAAGUGGGCUUGAUAUAUUUUUCAGUUUGCCUGAGAAAGAAGGAAAGGCUUUUAAAGGGGGGGGAGGGAUGGGGGGAGGGAAAAUAUAGCUAAGAGUUCACUGUAUACCUAUGGGAAAUAUACAAACUGGAAUUAUAAAAAAAAAGAACAAAACUUUAAACUGGACUAGGUGUUUAUUGCAGUAACAGUUACAGUCUGAUUUAUUCUAUGCUGCAGUGAUUGAGAUUACUAGGAUCCAAUAUCUAACCAGGAGGACGUUCAUAUAUGGUCUGUGCUUUGCUUUUAAAGCAAGUUACUGGUUUGGGUGUAAGCAUUAGUGUAACCCACUUUUGUUCAGUAGGGAAAGAAAGGAUUUGGGAGGUUGUUUUUUCCUCCAAACCUCCUGUGAUUUAAGAGUCUCAGUUGAAGUUUUUAAUGCUUUUUUUACAACUUUUUUAGUGGUAUACAUAAUUUUCCCAUUGCAUCGUGCAUUUCCUCACAGAAAACAUACAUGCUGCUCAUAUAGAGCUUGUCUGCUACGUUAAAAUUUCCCUUUAAUCUUGCUCAUGUCCUAAGGUAAUUCAAAAGAGGCCUUGCUUUAGUUGAGGCAUAGUUUGGGGGUUUAGGGUUUGACUAGAAGCUACCCAGGGCUGUGUCUUGCUCCUGUCUGAUUAAGAAGACAUCUUACUAUCCCUUAUCUCUUUUUAGAAUGUCACCUGGUGGCAGUACAAUCCCAGUUUUAACUAAAUUACACGUUAUAGCAUGUGCACUAGCUUCUUCCCCAAGGGGUCACUUCAUUUCUUAACACUGCAUUUCCUUUUCCUUCUGUGUAUGCCCUCUCUGGUAUUAGUACAUUUUAAAAAUCACCAGAGCUACUGGUCAUCAUGGCAGUAAUAUACAGUCUUAUUGCCUUUUAAGUAGAAAAGGAGAAUUAUUUUGUUCCUUUGCUAACAUCCAGCUAUUAAGUUCACUUUCUUUUCUUGCCAAGUCUUGUUUCAUUGACAGAAAAUCUUGUCUUCUGUUCUUUUAGCAAUGCCCUAAUUUCUUGGAGGGAUAGAACUUGAUGUUUAUGUUCUGAACUCUGCUCCCUCUUCUGUGAUUCUUUUUAUAAAAAGCUCUAAUUUAUUGUUUGAGUAAAAUGUGCACUGCUAAUUGUAAUAGACUGACCCAUUCUUCAGGCAGCCAAGCAAAGGUGUCCUUAACCUCUCUCCCUGCCAGUUUUCACUUGGAAUUCUCCAACUGUCAUUCUUGCUAUCAUGUGUGCUGCCCAACUUUGCCAGGCAUUCUCUUCUGUAUUGAGCCAACCAGUCCAAACAUAUCUAUCUGAACAUAUGAAGUCCUUAUUCAGUCUUGCUCAUUGAGGUUCAGUGCUACCUGGGACAUGGGUUAUUUAUCUAACAGCCAUAAGCAGUGCUUAGGCCACUUUCUUACAUCUUCUCCCAACACUUUAGGUUAUCCACUUAAAUGAGGUUUCGCAAAAGUUCCUCAAACCAGUGAAACAAAUGAAAACUGGAGGUGGCCUCUGUCCUUCAUCAUGUCCUUUCAUUUAAAAAAAAAAAAAUCUUAACUGGCUGUGAAAACCCCCAACCCUUUUUUUUUUUUUAACCUAGUCACUGUUUACAGCUGUGUGCUGAAGCCUGAAGUAUUGUCUGUACUGUGGUGUGUGAGCAUUGCCAAUUUUAUAUUUAUUGCAAUGAAGAAAUUGAAAUGGUGUGGAAAUGAGGAGCAUGUCUGAGCUCUUAAAUCUGUAUGGAUACAUGUGGGAGAACUGAGGUGGGGCCACCAGGGAAGAAGGUUUUUUUGUUUUUUGUUUUUGUUUUUUUUGAGAGAGAGAGAGAGAGAUUGAGAUAGAGAGAGAGUUUUCCUAGCUUCUCCCUGAUGUUCCUGCUUAGGAAACACCGCUGCUAGCUGACUGGACCUCCCCAAGGGAAGUUUGUGAUUCUGCUUUGGCAAAGUUGCAUUGACUGGUAGAAAUCACUCUGUUUUAGUGCAGAUUUCAAUAUAAAUGUAAACAUUUCAUCCAA